UCUAGCUCCUUGGCCUCAGACAGAUUGUAGCUAGGGCUCAGUACUGGAGUUGAGAGAAAAGGGACAUGGAAAAGGAGACAUGGGACCCUUGGAUAAAGCUGACAGACAGUAGACAACACUGGAUAUCAGACUGACACUUGACCUCUAGACACAGCGAUUUUGGCUCCUCUCAUCUCAACCCCCGACCAGAUUUCUCUUUGAACGAGCUCCUUUCCUGGGGCUCCAGACAGCAGUCGGAAGGGACCUGGGGACCAGGGGGGACCUGGCUGGAUAGGAAUGAGGGAACCAAGCCAUUCCCCAACUCCCUGGUCCCCCCGUGGCAGCUCACUAAGCACCCUCACUCUUCUGCUGCUCUUCUGUGGACAUGCUCACUCUCAAUGCAAAAUCCUCCGCUGCAACGCUGAGUAUGUAUCAUCCACGUUGAACCUACGAAGUGGAGGAUCUUCUGGAGGGAACCGGGGUAGUGGAGUCCGGGGCCCAGGGACGAACUCUGGUGGCCUAUGUCGUGCCUUGCGCUCCUAUGCGCUCUGCACGCGUCGUACUGCGCGUACCUGCCGAGGGGACUUGGCCUUCCAUUCUGCUGUCCACGGGAUUGAAGAUUUGAUGAUCCAACACAACUGCUCCCGCCAGGGUCCCACGGCCCCACCCCCUCCGCAAGGUCCCGCCUCGCCUGGCGCUGGCCCCGCCCUUUCUUCAGGCCCUCCUGCUCCGGAUCCCUGUGACUAUGAAGGCCGGUUUUCUAGGCUACAUGGUCGUCCCCCGGGCUUCCUGCACUGUGCCGCCUUCGGGGAUCCACACGUACGCAGCUUCCACCACCACUUCCACACGUGCCGUGUCCAAGGCUCCUGGCCUCUUUUGGACAACGACUUCCUUUUCGUCCAGGCUACUAGCUACCCGGUGGCCACGGGAGCCAACGCCACUGCCACGGGGAAGCUCACCAUUAUAUUCAAGAACAUGCAGGAAUGCAUUGACCAAAAAGUCUACCAGGCUGAAGUAAACAAUCUCCCAGCAGCUUUUGAAGAUGGAUCAGUCAAUGGUGGUGACCGCCCUGGAGGUUCAAGUUUAACCAUCAGAGCUGAAGAACCCGGGAGCCACGUGGAGAUUCGAGCUGCCUACAUCGGCACAACCAUCAUUAUUCGGCAAGCAGCUGGUCAGCUCUCCUUCUCCAUCCGGGCAGCGGAAGAAGUGGCAAGAGCAUUCUCAGCUGAGCAAGAUCUACAGCUCUGUGUAGGGGGAUGUCCCCCAAGCCAGCGACUCUCCCGAUUAGAGCGACAACGGAGAGGGGCUCUGACCUUUGAUACUGCUAGGCAGUUGUGCAAAGAAGGACUACCAGUUGAAGAUGCUUAUUUCCAUUCAUGUGUAUUUGAUGUUCUGACCUCUGGUGACCCCAACUUCACUCUGGCUGCUCAAGCUGCCCUAGAGGAUGCUCGGGCUUUUUUGCCAGACCUGGAGAAGUUGCAUCUCUUUCCUCCUGAUACUGGAGUUCCCCUGAGGCUUACAGUUCUCCUGACCCCAGUCCUUACUGGGAUCCUUGUUUUCUGGUGUUCCAUCUAAUGAACACUUCCACAACCACUUUAGUAACCUAAAUAAUGCUUUAAUGGCUUUCCUUUGACCCACCUAAGGGAACAAUUUGGUAGGAACAACAUGGGGAGGCGGCAGAGUACUUGAGGAAAGGAAGAAGACAGGGGAUGGUCUCAAAGUCUGAGAAUAGCCUGAUAUUUCCCUAGAUGUAUAAAAAUGGGCUAAAAUCAAGGGUCAGAGUGACCACAGGAUAGGGAAAUGGGUGUGGAGAUGGUAGUAGGACUAGAGUCUCCAUUGCCUACACCUCUCCAGGGAAGCCCUUAAUGAGCUUCCUAGUCUUUAUGGUGAGCAAAUUCUCCUACUAUUCCCUCUAGAGUCAUGAAAGGUAUGAGGUCAUGAUUUCUGAAUAAAAAUAAUUCAAGAGGUAUACAAGUUCAUUAUCUCCCUCCCCCCCCCAAAAAAGGGUAAUUUGGUACUAUGGUACAUACAUCAUUUCAUUGGUAUAGCCACUUCCGAUAUCAGUGCAGAUCAAAACCCUCCAUGCCUUUGCAUCCAGUUCAGUACUACAUUUACCCCAAAAUCUACCCUAUUAGAUUUAUCCAACACACUGGCCUUCCUCUUGAGCUUUUAGUAUCACAGGGAUGCCAAUAGACUACUAAGAUUAUCAGUGCUUCAUUCUCAAUACAUGACACCACAUUUUCUAGUAAUAUAUGUCCUCAAUGUUAUUUUUACAUGACUUAAAAAAAAAAAACAUUCUGAAGCAUAAGGAUUUGGAGUGGGGCGGGGGAACCAGACAGGAGUUCAGUACCUGGCUUUGCUUCCUCCUGGCUCUGUGGCCCUAUUAUGUAAGCUGCAAAUUCUUUAGGUGACAGUUUCCCUAUCGAUAAAAUAGAAAUAAUACCACUUAGUAAACUGUGAAAUAGUAUUCAAAAGGGAGCUUGCAUUACUUAGACCCACCAUGUGUCUUUUCAUUACCCUUCAGGUUAUUCCUAAAUUUAAUUCUUCUGAGAUCAUGAUCUUUCAUGAUUAGAAACCAUAUUAGCAUCUCAACAAGAAUGAAUACUGUUGUUUUAAAAGAUAGACUUUUAAAAUACAGAGCACUUUGGGAUCACUGAAAUCACUGCACAACCCACAAAAUGGAAAAUAGAGACAAUGCUUUUCAAUUAUGAUUUUCCUUUUCAGUACAAGUAUUAUUUGUCAGGAAAAAGGCUAUAAGCUCCUUGAAUUCAGGAACCAUUUCCCUUUUUGUCUUUGUGUCCUCAGUGCCUAGCCUAAAUUACAGGUUUAAUAAAUGUUUAUUGAAUUGAAUUGAA